GUGCACCCGUUUCAUCUGUCCACCGUUCUUCUUUCCGGGCCAAAACCCUCUCUUCUCGCUCUCGGAUGCGCCGCCGACUCGUCCGAUGGCGGCCGACGGUCUCCGCGCCCCCGCCCUCGCCGAGCGGUGCUUUCGUCUCUUCCCCUGCCUCGACGAUCGAGCGAGGAGAUCUAAGUGGGGGCUGAAGGUGGCGCUAGUGCUGCUUCACGUGAUCUUCGUGGGCGUUCUGUUCCUCUUGGAUGCCGAUUUGAUACGGAAGACUAAAGAGGAGCCUUGGUAUACUGCAAUAUAUUUGGGGUUUCUUGUGGUGACAUUAGUUCAAUAUUUCUUUACAGCUGGUUCUUCCCCAGGGUAUGUUAUUGAUGCAAUGAGAGUUGGAAAUGAAACGUAUACAACCUCUAUGAACUCUCCAAUGAUUUUAAAUCAAUCUAUUUCAAGAAAUAAUAGCUUCACUUCUUCCAUGAAUCGCAACCAGUUGGGGAGACAUAAUUGCCGAAUGAAUUCGUCAUCAUGGUUAAAGCUAGUGAUGGACCUCUACCCUCCUGGAUCAUCCAGCAGGAAUUGGACUUGCGCUUACUGUAAUAUAAUUCAGCCUCCACGCUCGAAGCAUUGCCAUGAUUGUGACAAAUGUGUCCUUCAAUUUGAUCAUCAUUGUGUGUGGCUAGGGACUUGCAUUGGCCAAGGGAAUCAUUGCCGAUUUUGGUGGUACAUUUUUGAAGAAUCAAUUCUGUGUGCAUGGACUGUUAUAUUGUAUAUUGACUUGUUGAGUUCAAAAAUCAUCAAGGCUUGGUGGAAGGAGUUUUUUGUGAUAGUGCUGUUAGCAGCAUUGAUCUUUUGCCUUGUCUUUCUACUUCUACUGCUGCUAUUCCAUAGUUACCUAGUGUUGACAAACCAGACUACUUAUGAACUGGUGAGAAGGCGACGCAUUCUAUACCUGAGGGGAAUUCCUGAAAGGGUUCAUCCAUUUAGCAGAGGCAUUUGUAAGAACUUGUAUGUCUUCUGCUGCUCCAGAGAUGGCAAAUAUACCAUGGAAGCAGUGCCCGCAAUGGAGGAACUGGAAGCCAAAGCAAGACCAUAUACUGGUAUGUAGGUGGGUUUGGCUUUUUCAGGUUUAUGGGUGAUUAAGGCUGCCUAAGGUACUGGAGCUGGAUUAUGUCUUGCUUUAUCAAGCAAGACAUCUUCAAUUGCUGAUCAGUUUCCCAUCUUGUAGAAACAUAAAAGAGAAAAAAGUCGAGCAAGUUUCUUGAUCCAUCCAUGCACUUCUUAGUGAUCUCCAUCAUGCUAAACAUGAGAGACAUCAUGAAUGGGAGAGCUUCCAGAUAUGUUGAUCAUUUGCCAGAUGCAUCCCAGAUAACAUUGUUAUGUUGAGGGGGUCCACAGCAACUACAAAUUAUAGGACAUAUCAAGUAAUAUUACUGCAUCCAUGCAUGUCUUGUAAGGACUUCAAGCUUUUAUCUACUUUGCUCUCUCAGAAAGAGAGAUGCUGAACGAAGUAAUGCUUGACCAUAUUU